CUAUUUUUUUCCCAUAACCCUUUAUAGAUACAGACUUUAAAAUAAGAUAAAAAAAAUUGUGGUAUCGUAUACAAGGAAUUUAAGUAAUUUCCUCCCCAAAGAGGAAGUUGCCAUAUGUGGACUCUUAUGAUAGAUAGAUAUAUAAAUAUAUUAAUAAGCGAUUUCCUCAUACUUGUUUUGCUCUUCCUCCAAACAUUUUAAGGAACAUUUCAGCUAAAGCACUGCCGCUUGUGGAAUACUUUCCAAGGAACCACACAGUUUAGGAGGUCUUUCUAGUGAACGAUAGAAGACAGAGCAUUACUUCCACAAGAGGGCACAAAUGGACAUCGAUGAUGGCAACCAGAGCAAUACCAAUCAUCCUUGCCCUCCUGAAGAUGAUUUCAAGCACCCGGUGUACAUCUCCAUUUAUAUCAUAGUUUUUCUUGUUGGACUUCUGUUUAACGGAGCAGCUGUAUAUGUCUUUUACACGAUCAGAAAAAAGAAAGGCACCUCUACUAUCUGUUUACUAAAUCUCGCCAUAGCUGACUUAAUAUUCCUAAUCUUCCUGCCUCUUAAAAUAAUCUACUAUCUGAAGGGGGCAGUCUGGAUAUUUGGGGACUUCCUCUGCCGGGUUGUAUCAUUCUCCUUCUAUUUCAGCAUGUACUCCAGCAUCUUCUUCUUGGCCUGCCUGAGUGUGUUUCGGUACAUCUCAGUAGCAUAUCCUGGAACAGUUACUAAGAAAAAAAUAACCAUCACCUGUGCUUGCGUAUGGGUUUUUACCUGUGCUAGCACUUCUCCCUUCCUGCUUUUAGGUACUGUUCACCGUGACGGAUUAACAAGGUGCUUUGAGCCUGCUCUAGUACAGGCAUGGAAAAGAAUAAUGUACAUGAACUAUUAUGCUCUAAUUGUUGGAUUUAUUCUUCCUUUGCUGAUAAUUGUAAUUAGUAAUGUGUUACUGAUCAGACACAUCAAGUCUUUGCCUAUGGAGAAAAGAAGUAUCAGAAAACAGGUCACUAGGAUUAUCUUAGUUCUGCUUGUUUGCUGUGUCUGUUUUCUCCCAUACCACAUCCAGAGAACUGUCCAUCUCCAUUAUUUAGUCCACCACUCAGAUGAAUGCAGCUUACACAAGGUCCUCCAAACGACUGUUGUGGCAUCGUUAUGUUUAGCCGUACUGAACACCUGCCUGGAUCCUCUGUUGUAUGUGUUUAUAGGACAUGGUUACAAAUCAUGGCUACUUAGGCUUUGCAAGCGAAAAAAUCCUCAGAAUGUAAAACAACUCUCAACAGAUUCUAGUGGUUUUAGUCAAGAAGAUGCAGGCGAAGUUCAAAUGAAUGAAUAUUUGCAAGUUUCCAAAAGUGAAACCAACUAACAGUCCCACCAUAACAGUAUCUAAGUGAGACCCAUGAAAUAAAAACGAAUAAAUGUUCCAUAGGCUGAAAUGCUUGUCACUUCAAAUUCAUGACCCUCAAAAUCAUGCUAUGAGGGUUCUCUGUUGCACACCCCUUUUUUUUUUGACAGAGAAUAUUUAACUUUGCAAUACAAUCAGUGUUCAAUAAUUGAAUCCAUGCAUUCAGUGUAUACAAAAUGAGUACAAUCAGUGGCAAAAGUCCAACACUUUGCAAACCACUAACCUACUCUUGUCCUCCAUACCCUUUACAUUAUACAUUUCUUACUAAGAAUGGUAAGCAUUGAGGAUUGUGUUUAUUUUAAUA